AUAUGCUAAAUUAUGUAUUAUGUUAUAUAAUAAAUUAUAUAUGUACGUGUCAAUUGAAACAACAAACAAGUUCUUGCAGAAAAGGAAAAAAUAAUCCUGUUCAUGCCUGUGGUUGCAAGAUUUGCACGUUGGUAGCUGCGUACGUAGUAUCCAAAUUAGCCGUGAACUACUCGACACAUUUCAAUUGAACUCUACUUGGUCACAUGUUUGUUUUUUUGUUUGAAUUUACUGUACGUACUUCUUGCUACCUAGAUGCUAUAAAUACAUCAAGUUAUAAGAGAUCAUGUACUAUAAUGAUCAUAAUAAUACCAAAUUUACAUUUGUUGCAUCAUUUUUCAACUAUGGAGGAAAGUUCUUCAAUUGUAUCUUCAGUAAAAGGUUUGAGAAAAGGAGCCUGGGCUGAAGAAGAAGAUCUACUUCUUAGGAAAUGUAUCAUAAAGUACGGUGAAGGAAAAUGGCGUCAAGUUCCUAUUAGAGCAGGGCUAAAUCGAUGUCGAAAAAGCUGUAGAUUGAGGUGGUUGAACUAUCUACAACCAAACAUCAAAAGAGGGGAGUUUCAACCAGAUGAAGUGGAUCUCAUCAUCAGGAUGCAUAAGCUUCUUGGCAACAGAUGGUCACUAAUUGCUGGUAGACUUCCCGGAAGAACAGCAAAUGAUAUCAAGAAUUACUACAACACUCACUUGAAAAAAACUUGUUUAUCUAAAUCUAAUGACAAUAUAGAGAAGGGAAAACAAGUUGUCACGACAAAUAAAUCAGGUCAUGAUAGUAACAGUCGUCGUGAUGACGGCCAGGACCAUGGUAACCAGAAGGUUCUAAAACGUAGGCGAUCGUGUUCAAAUAUUAAUACUACAGAUCAUAUUGAUGAUAAGCAUAUGGUGACUCGAGUUUUAAAACCUCAAGCUCGAACCUUCAAGAAAUCCCAGUGGAAUGCGAAUAAAUUACCAACACCAACAGGGAUGAAUAAUAACCAAAUUACUACCACGACAACUAGAUUUCCUAGUUAUUCACAAGUCGUCAACAAAGAUAUUACAAAAUGUUUGCCAUUAUUAGUCGACGAUCAGGUCUCAAAUGGUCAACAAAUUCGUGAUAAUAGUACUCAUUGGGUGAAAAAUAUAUUGUUCGGUGAAACGGACGAAGAAGAAGAAGAAAAUCCAAUGCCGAAGAAGAAGAAGCUGAAAAAGAAGAAGAAACGAGUUACUUGUAAUCAUAAUGCCUCAAAAUUUGAAAGCAAUACAACAAAAGGUGUCGAGGAAGGGAUGACAACGAAGGAUAAAAAUGAUGGCAGUAACGAUGAUCAACAUGCUUACUACUGUAGUCCCGGUGACGGUAAUGGGUGGUUAGAAGAAGGCGGUAGUGCUGGCGACACCAACAACUUCUGGGACAGUUAUCUUGAUGAAAAUUUGUGGCCUAUGUUAGAGGAAGAACAGGAGCAGUACUUAAUGAUGUAAUUAAGAGUAAUGUACGCAACGUGUAUUAAUUUUUUUCAGCAAUUUGCUAGACGUAGUUUCCAUGUAUUAAUUGAAGUAAAAUUGAUUAUCAUAUUUUUUUGAGAGAAAAUGUUGCUUUCAUGUUUAAUGCAGAGGUACUUGGGUCUCACGGAAACACAGUUGAAGAUUUGUCCUGGUUUAUUUAUUUAUGUAUAGCGAGACAAAGAAGAAUUGAAAUGUGAUCCUGUAGCUAUA